AGGAGGCGGGGGAGCGUUAUUUUCUCGACCAAUGGAGCGGCGUUUUGCUGCGUUCCCGGAGCCCUUAUUGCACUUCCGCUGCGGCUGGCGGCCCCUUUUCCGCUCCGCGUUGACUGAGAGAGAGCACGCGCCCUCGCUAACUCUGCAAAGAUGCGUUACGUAGCUGCUUACCUCCUGGCCGUCCUGGGCGGCAAAGACGCCCCCAAAUCCGGAGACCUGAAGAAGAUCCUGGAGAGCGUGGGCAUCGAGGCGGAUGAUGUGCGCAUGGACAAGGUGAUCAACGAGCUGUCUGGGAAGAAGGUGGAAGAUGUCAUUGCCCAGGGCUACAGCAAGCUGGCCAGUGUUCCAGCAGGUGGCGCUGCUGUUGCAGUGGUGAGUUCAGGAGCAGCAGCAGGGAGUGGUGGUGCAGCCCCUGCUAAAGUUGAGGAGAAGAAGGAAGAGAAGAAGGACGAAUCUGAGGAGUCUGAUGACGAUAUGGGAUUCGGUCUCUUUGAUUAAACAGCUGCGUGUCGGUAUUCAAUAAAGAAUGUUUUCCACGGACA